AAUCACCCAUGAUGAUAAGCAUAUCAUUUGUAGACACGUUGUUUAUGGUAUCUUGUAGAUCAGAAUAAAAUUUAUCAGCGUCAUUUGCCAUUUGUUUCGUCGAUGGAUUAACUGGAGAAUAAAUAGAUAAUACUGUAAUGUCAAUUGGUGUGUACUUCAAUCUAAUUUUGAUAAUUCGUUCACUAACUGCUUCCCAUUCAGACCCUGAAUCUUUCCAUACCUUUGUGGCAAUAGGGUCAAGACAGAUAGCCACACCGUGUGCUCUUCUGGUUUUAUUAUCACUUCGAACACCAGAAUAGAUCAUUGUAUAAUCAUUUACAAAUUUCACCCCGGAAUCACACUUACAAGUUUCACUUAGCACAGCUACUUGUAUCCGGUACUGUUUCAGUUGUUUGAUGAUUAGUUCUUUCUUUGACUGUUUCCCACAUGAUCGAACAUUCCAUCCACCGAAAUAUACAUGUUUUUGUGCGUUCGCACACUUCGUUUGUUUCUUUUCGUUAGCAAGACUUGUUUAACGUCUAACUGACAGGUUGCUAGCCUAAAAAUCAGACUGUUGGCUACCAGCAGCCCAGGGUCGCCUCCCACCACUGUAAACAGUAACAGGUCCCUGUAGAAGUUCGAAAGCUCCCCCGGCAGGCAGCAAGUAUCUAAUUGAUCGUUAUCAAUGAAAUUGCGGUGUUGCAACGAAGCUGGUGUUGAUUUUCCAUUAUUAUCAAUAAUAAUCAGAAGAGUAGAGAUGUUAACAUUUAUCAGUAUCUCAUUGAAAAGAUUACUGCAUUCACCAGAAAUGAAAUUUACCCGAAAAUAAACAUGCUAAUCAUCAAGUUGAAUCCAUAACAUUGUUUAUGCGUUUGUACGAGAAAUUUAAAAACAACCAGUAUAAAGAAAAUUUAACUUUUCUCAUUCGCAUCCGUUUCUAUUGAUUGUAUUUCGAAUUUAGUACCUUCAUCUGUGUUUUCGUUUUUCUCUUAAUCAUAUUGCGGUUGAAAACGUUUUUUAGUGAAGCACAUUUGAUAAAUUUUGUUAACAGGAUAUUAUAAAUGAUAUUCAUGUAAUUAAUAUCAUACCUCCUAUACAAUUUUUCAUUCUUUCGGAAAACGAAACGAUAAGAUAUACUUUAAGAUAAGGAUAUAGAAAGAAAAAUUGUCCUGUAGGACUGGAUUUUUCAUGGCCUAUGCUGCAGGAAAAGAUACACAAAUACGCACUGUGACGUUCUUCAAACGGGACUCAACGGUUUCUCUUAUACAUUAUAUACUAUCUUCGGAACGCAUUUUUUUUCUAAUUCAUUGGAACUCUUACAAAUAUCUAGAUCGAUGAAACAUGCAUUUUCAGGAUGCCUUUAAUAUUUUGGCUUUUUUCUAUUGGAAGAACUAAAAAUGAAAAUGAUAUCUCUGCUGUACAAAAGAUUUUUGUUCGAUCAGGCGUAGUAUUUUGAAAAAGUAUGAACGACAAUAGGGAGUAUGGUGCCUUCAAUAUCUCAUAGAAAGCAACACCGGGAAACUUUAAGUCUACGAUAAUAACUUUUGCUCUACUCAUCAAAAUCUGCUUACUUUGAAAAUUUAAAAUUUUUCUGAUAAAUCCUUCUCUAGAUAUUCCAGAAUUUCGUGAGAGAGAAUAGGAAAUAUCAUUCAUUAACUGAAUAUAAACUCUUAAUAUUUGGUUUUUGAAUAUUUACUUUAUAGCGCAUUGGUAUAAAGACAAUGAACUUUAUCGGCUUUGUGGUAAUGCAAGUGGAAGUACAAAAUGUCCUGCUGGUUAUGUUUGCUGGAAAGAUCGAGGCAUAAAUCCUAAUUUUGGAUAUACAAGUUUUGACAACUAUGGUUGGGCUAUGCUUGCAUGUUUUCGAUUAAUGGCGCAAGAUUAUUGGGAAAAUCUUUAUCUAUUAGUAUUAUCAGCAGCUGGUCGUUAUCAAUUUUUGUAUUUUGUUGCUGUCAUAUUUUUUGGAUCAUUUUAUAUGGUUAAUUUAUUCUUAGCUAUUGUCGCCAUGUAUUAUGCAGAAGAACAAAAAAUAGUUGCAGCUGAAAAAGAAAACCGUAAAAAACGUAGAAUUGAAGAUGAACUUGAAAUACAAAAAGAUAAAGAGCAAAAAUCAUUGGAAGUUCAUGCAGAUCGACAUGUUGAUAAUGAACAAUAUCUUAAAAAUAUACUUAACGUUCAAGCAUCAUCAUCAAACUUUCAAUGUGAUAAUUCAAUAACUAUUGCUACAACGUUACCAAUGGUCAAUGAAACACAACAGAAUUCAGCCAAUGAAGAUAAGGAAAUUCAACGAUUUUAUGAAGUCGAAUCUCAUAUCCAAUGUGCUCUAAGUACUGAAGUAUUACGUGCAAAGAAAUCGGAUAGAAACAGUGUUCAAUCAAAAAAUAUGGAUACAACGAAUACACGUGGUGCAGUAUUAAUUAAAUUUCUACGAAUUUAUUGUUGGGAAUGCAAUUGUAGAUUGCCAAUACUUAAGAAAAUUCAAGUAGGCUUUAGUUAA